UGUAGGGAUGGGUGGUGGAGGGAUGGGUAUUUUCAGAGAGAGUGAGAGGAGGGAGUCUGGAUGCAUAACUUUAAUGGUGUGUUGGUGUCCACGUUACCGCACACAUUAUAUUUCGGAAGAACCAAGUGGUCUCAUGUUUCUGGGCUUUAUAACGGGUUUACCACCGUCUGAUCGGAAGCGAACCACCGGCAGAGAAGCCGUGGACGACAACUCCCACAAUCCUACACACAGCCCUGUGCCCUGUGCCCGGGGCUCUGGGGCCGAGCGGCGGAGCCUCGUGCGAUCGGGGGUUGUGGUUCCUGUUUGAGGAGACGGGGGAUCAGAUCACGUCAACACUGUCGAUCAUAAGGAAAUAAGAUACAGUUUGCUGUCAAUUCAGCAUGACCGAUCCAAUAACGUUAAAUGUAGGAGGAAAACUAUACACCAGUUCUCUGGCGACUUUAACACGUUAUCCAGACUCAAUGCUGGGUGUGAUGUUCAGUGGGAAAUUUCCCUCUACCAGUGAUCAGCAUGGUAAUUUCUUCAUUGAUCGAGAUGGGAAAAUAUUUCGAUACAUUCUAAAUUUUCUACGCAGCUCAAACCUUGACCUCCCUGAUGAUUUCCAGGAAGUUGGUCUCCUGAAGAGAGAAGCUGAUUUUUACCAGAUUCAGCCAUUGAUAGAAGCUUUGGAGGAGAGAGAAUCUGAAAAUGCUAAAUCGGAGAGGAAUGCAAUGUUUAAUAUUUCUCUGGAUCAGAGACUGCAGACUGUUUAUUUCACUGUCAAACCAGCUCCACAAAUGUACAACCUCACCUCAUGCAGCACAGAGAUCUUUGAUGCAAACAUAUUUUGUACAUCAGCUGAAUUCUUGAAACAUUUGAGCUCCAAGUUCUGCUAUUAUGUCAAUGGAAAACUUUCACCAAUUGGCUACGAGAAGAAAGAUCCCCACCAUUUGACAUUACAGUGGGUUGGACAUGUGCGAGUGUUGCCUGAAGAUGAAUACACAAGGCAGAAUUUAAAAAGGUUGUGGGUUGUGCAUACAAAUGAGCAAGUCAACAACUUCCAAUUGUUUGUAGAAGAAGUACUAAAAACAGCAAUGAGUAAUGGAUUCCAUGUGGAUUCCUUGCAACCAGAUUCCUCUGACUUUAUGAAUUACAAGGUUCUCCGUUUAGUCCGGUAUAAGUAGAUUUAUUUCCCGAAAUGACUCCAUACUAACUGGGAUGCUGCAAAACAGAAAAGACCUUAAUCCAGUUUUCUUUGAAUGGCACUUUAGGUUAAUGACUGGCAAUAUUUGCUAACCUUAUCAUCAUUAUUUUAAACAGUUUAGACUUGUAAUCCCUAUACUGCAGUUUAAUUGCAAUGUUAGCAACUUCUAGUUUAAUUUAACUGGUUAAAUUAUUAAUUUCCACUUUGACCAUUUGCUACUACUGUUUAGAUACCAUUUGCGCUGGAUUUGUAAUGUUACUUACCACGGGCUUGGUCAAAAUAUACAGUCUUGAUAAAGUGGUUCAGGUGAUUUAACAUUUCAUUUUGGGAAAUGUACCUUUUGAUUCAGGUACAUUACUAAAAGAU